UCGCUUUGAGCCGAAGCCUUUUUCUCUCGAUGGCAUGGUGCUAACAGCUACACGGGAGCAGCGGGGACGAGCAAACUACGUUACUCACGACUGACUUCCAGUUUGUAAUGUAACGCUGAUCGCUCAUUUGAGUUUCUGUAGCACACGUAAGCCAUCGCAACUUUAACAAUUCAACUCCCGGCCUCAGAUUUUGAGGUUGUCCAAUUAUCCCCCCCCAAGGUUAGCCAGCUAGCCGAUUAGCGCUAAGCUAAGCUAAGCUACACAGCAAACUCGGCCGCUUCGUCCUGAAUUCGUGGGAGCGAUUUACAAAAAAACCUGCACGGAAAUAGGGCUAUAGCAUGGCAGAAGCCGACAAGUUGAACAUCGACUCCAUUAUACAGCGUUUGUUGGAAGUGAAAGGCUCCAGACCUGGCAAAAAUGUUCAGCUGACAGAGAAUGAAAUCCGUGGCCUCUGCCUCAAAUCCCGGGAGAUCUUUCUCAGCCAGCCGAUCCUGCUUGAACUUGAGGCGCCCCUCAAGAUUUGUGGUGAUGUUCAUGGGCAGUACUAUGAUCUUCUGAGGUUGUUUGAAUAUGGAGGCUUUCCACCAGAGAGCAACUACUUGUUCCUGGGUGACUAUGUAGACAGGGGCAAGCAGUCCCUGGAAACCAUCUGCCUCUUGCUGGCUUACAAGAUAAAAUACCCUGAAAAUUUUUUUCUGCUGAGAGGAAACCAUGAGUGUGCAUCUAUUAACAGAAUAUACGGCUUCUACGACGAGUGUAAGAGGCGAUACAACAUCAAGCUAUGGAAGACUUUCACUGACUGCUUCAACUGUUUGCCUGUUGCAGCUAUUGUCGAUGAAAAGAUCUUCUGUUGCCAUGGAGGCUUAUCCCCAGACCUCCAGUCUAUGGAGCAGGUGCGGAGGGUCAUGCGCCCCACUGAUGUGCCUGACCAGGGCCUGCUGUGUGACUUGCUGUGGGCAGACCCAGAUAAGGACGUGCUUGGCUGGGGUGAGAACGACCGUGGCGUCUCCUUCACUUUCGGUGCGGACGUCGUCACCAAAUUCCUCCACAAACAUGACAUGGACCUCAUUUGUCGAGCUCAUCAGGUGGUUGAGGAUGGCUAUGAGUUCUUUGCAAAGAGGCAGCUGGUGACGCUGUUUUCAGCUCCAAACUACUGUGGAGAGUUUGACAACGCCGGUGCAAUGAUGAGUGUAGAUGAGACACUCAUGUGUUCAUUCCAGAUUCUGAAACCUGCAGACAAGAAGCUGUUCUACGGCGGUGGAGGGGGCAUGGGCUCUAGUCGUCCAGUCACUCCUCCCAGGAAAGCUAAGAAAUGACACCAGUAGUUUGCCCUUAACCUCCAACCCAUCCCUCCUGCCCUCUCUACCUCUUUUAUCCUUUCUUUCACCAAACAGCCAGAAAUCAAACCUAUACCCAGGGCUUUUUUUCCUUUUUUAUCUGUACUUCUUAAAACGUUUAAUGUUAUGAAUUGUGCAGAUGAGUGCGUGCGUUUGCAGACUACAAACUUGUCUUGUCUGCAAGUGAGCAUUAAAAUCAUAUGUGCACUUGUACAUUUUGUGUGAGAGUAUUAGAAAUUUAUACUUUCCCCUGCUCUGACCACUUUUCCCUUGGACAGGUUGAAACCACAGUGUCCCUACAGUAACUUGACUGAAACAACGGGGUUUGGGAGAAAGUGGGAGAUUGCUGACAUGUCUGAUUUAGCAGCGGACCCCCUGCCCGCAGGUGGUGUGUGUAGUUGUGGGAGGGAGGGAGGUAUUUUCUGUACUCUGUAUUGUAAAAUUUCAAACACGGGUGUGUCUGUGUGAUUGUAUGUGUGUGUGUUGUUUGAGUGUAACCUCUCAGUAUCCUUGAACAGGGAGGACUUGAACAUUUUCACAGUAAACACACGCUUACUCUCACACACAAACACACACACAAAAAAAACCCUCUUCAGAUUCAUAUGAGCCAGAGCUGUAAAAACCCCGUACAGUUUAGGUUUGUACAGAUUUGAUUACUUGAAAGAGAUUUUUUUGUGAAUUCGUUUUGUAGUCUUUCAUCAAGUUGACCAAUAAAGCUAGAAUCUGAGCUGCACUGUC